AAGAAUACGUGUUGGUUGUGUCAAGAAUCUGUGUGCACUUAACAUGGUUGUCCUUGCUGUGGAUAGCUGAGACACGCCAGCGCUGCUGCACAGGCAGAAGACCUCAUCCUAAUGUUGACAAAUUAGCGCUGCUUCCGUUUCAAAAAAAAAAAAAAAAAUUAGCGCUGCUGCACAACCAGAUGAAUUAUUCCUCUCAGCAACAGAAAACCUGCAUUUUAUUUCCUUGGACAAUACUGCUUCAUGAUCAUAUAACGAGAUCCGAAAUCAAACGAAGCACCCGUGCACUGCACUGUGUUAUCAAUAACCAAGACAUGCCAGCCAUAUAUGCUAACUCUCCUAUGGAGGUUAGCAGAUGAGAUUCUUGCUGUCGGCUGCUCUGUUCAUCGUGCCAUUGCUGUUGCCUCUCUGAUAUAUAUACAGGGAGAACCCCAAGGCUUCAGCACUAACACACUGCCUACCAUUCUCUUCCAUUUCUAUACAGAAGAAAACAGCAACAAAGCUUCAAUCUCCAAGCAUGGCUUACCAUCUACGAUCGGCAAGCACGCCUUCGAGCCCUCGCUCAAACAGAGCGGAAGUCGAGGAGCAGUUCCAGAGCCUGAGCACAACCAUCUCUUCGCCCUCGGCGACCAUCGAUACGAUGUGUGAUGGCUUGAGGAGGCUCAGUGACAUCUACAGCUGCAUCGAGAAGAUGAUGUGCACACCAAGCAGCCAAGUCAGCCUUUGCCAGAGCCUUCAAAGGGCGGCAGUAGAGGCGGAGCUUGGACGGUCCCUCGUCGUGCUCGACCUCUGCAACGGCAUGCGGGAGAGCUUCAUGGAAUUGAAGAUGACUGUCCAAGAGCUCCUUUUAGUUCACAAAAGAGGAGAGGAUGUGUCUUCUCAAGUCAAGGCAUAUGUCAGGCUAGCAAACAAGGUGCAAAAACAGUUCAAGAAGAUCACCAAGAAGACUGCUUCCGACAAGAACGACUGUAGGGUGGUGAUGCUACUGGCAGAAGCGAGAGAGAUCACCAUUUCGCUGCUCGAAUCCACAUCGUCAAUCUUUUCAAAGCAAGUUGAGAUGCCCAAGUGGUCUCUUGCCUCCAAAACAUUCCAGAGGACCAAAGUUGUGUACCAAGAGGAGCAAUUGCAGGCAUUGGAGCACAGUAUUGGAGAUCUUGAGAGCGGAGUGGAACUUCUGUACAGGAGAUUGAUCCAGAACAGAGUUUCUCUUCUGAAUGUUCUUAGCUCGUAGAUACCCUGAGCUCUAGUUCCCAGCAGCUGGCGUCCACCAUUUAAAGGAUUAGUCAGUCAUGAGAACAAUUUUGCAUUGCGUAUACUUGUGGAUAUGUACAGGAAGUUCACUGAACCGAAAAGCAAAGAAAACAAUUUUGUCAAUUUCAUUUCCCUGAAUUUUUUCAUUUCUGCUAAACUCAAAUAUCAUUCACAUGGUUGGGUAGCUUGAUACAACUAUUUACCGAAAAAGGGUUUCCCCCCGCUUUGUAUUCCAAAACAACGAACACCAUACACAUAGCAUUGCUGGGGCGAGCAGCACAACAAGCCCAAAAGAAAAGUAGAAAAGAAUGCCAACAACGGCAGUUCGACAAAGCAUGGAUGAACCGCCACCGCUGCGCCCUCCAGAGACACACCACCACCGCCCGAGGCUCCGAUCUGCCGCGUACCAAGCGGCACCUUCAAGAAGGAAUGCAACGCCGACGACGCUGCCGCCCGGACGAGUCCUAGGGUUUCCCCCGGUAUGCGGAGGGAAGUGGAGGAUGGCUACCACCGACACCCUCCAAGAAGGAAAGGUGGCACCCGUCGGUCUCACCGCAUCGGAGCCGGCCGAACCGGCAAGGGUUUCUCCCGCACACCAACCCCACCGCCCAACCGGAGCCGACCAGCCAAACCACCGCCCAACACCAUGCGCCAUCGCGGAUGCGCCGCCACCCAAGUUGUCUCACUACGAGCACCAACACGAGGCCAAGAAGGCCGGAGAGAAGAGCCAAGCGACAGGAGCAGCAACACCAAGGCCGAGCGGGAGGGAACCACCUCCUCCGCCGUCGUGCGAGAAGCCCACGCCUCCGGCAUAGUCGCGGUUGCCGUCCGGACACGGCAGCGGGGCAAACCAGGCCACACCUGGCCCGGCCAGGCCUGCAACGGGCCCGCUAAGCCCCGCCAGCCAUGCUGCAGCAGGCUGGCGGCGGCGCAGCCAGCACCUCGCCGCUCAGCGCUGUUCCCCUGCCUCCCGGAAGACUCGCCAGGGAUCAGCCCCGCCGGCGGCCCGCCCAAGCCCAGAUGGGGCCCGUAGGGCCCAGAUCUGGGCCGAGCGCCGCCGCCAGGACCCACCGCUGCGCCGCCCCACCGCCAACGACGCCGCCGCCGUCCAGCCGCCCGCCCGCGCCGCGCCAGGGAACCCCGCCGCCACCCGGUCCGUCGCCGCCUAGGAGCACCCCCCGGUGCAGCUCCGUCCCGCGCCGGAGAGCCACCGGGAGGGGAAGGUCAGGGGGCCGCCGCCACCAGCGACCCCAGGGCCAGGGCGGCCGCGGGCGCCAGCGACGGCUGCAGGAGGAAGGGGAGAUGUGGGGACUGGAGGAGGGAGGCGGCGAUGCGCGGCCGGUCGCCCACGGGGGCGACGCGGUCGCGAGAGCUAAGAGUCUAAGAUACAACUAUUUCAGUACAAUGUGUGUCAGAUAGCAAUGAUAUUUAUCAUAGUAGACCCCACCUUCAUUAAUACUUUCGAGUAUAAGAUUACAGGUACAGGCAACACCCAACACAUAAACAAAUAUCUGGCACGGCAUGCUAAAUGACCCGAUAAAGCGGGGCAAAAGCCUUUUUUAUAAAUGACCCGAUAAACCUCAAUGUUAACUUCAGUUAACAUGCCACCCUAUCUUAUCCUCUCUCAAAGAACUGCACCUAGUUGCACCGCUCUCUGAAGAAAAAGUAGCGAUGAUGAUGUUUCAAGAGAUACCCCGAUUAGACUUUUGUCGCUUCAGAUUUUGGCGACAAGGGGAAUUUUCUGUAGCCCAAAAGACCAAGGCAGUCUGGGCAUUCAAGAGUUACAUGUUUAAAAUAAAUGCAUGCUUAGUAAAUGGUUGCGUAAAUUGCUUACCAAGAAUGGGAUCCGUGAAUCGCUUCUUCAAAACAAAUACUUGUGAGGAAAGAGAGGUGUGGAAGGCAUAAAAAAACACCCCUGGGUCACCCUCCUCUGGCGACACGGGGGCGACUCCUCCAGCGCCGCCGCCAGUUCCUCUCCCUCCCCCUUCUCGUCUCGCCGCCGCCGGCGAAGCCCGGGCGGGUUCCAGAGAGGGCGGCGGUGGGGCGUCUUCCUGGGCAACCUCCACCCCUCUCCUCCUCUCCUUGUUGGGGCGCGGCGGUGCGCGCCAGAUCCGCGAGGCCCAGUGGCGGGAAGCGGCGGCAGUCCACGGCGGGCGGCGGGCAGGGCUCUGCGGCGGCGUGGAUGCCCAGGCGUUGGUGGGGACGAGGCGGUGUAGGCCGGGGCUGGCGGGCCAGAUCUGGGCGCUGCGAGCUUGCAGGCUGCUACCGUGUUCAUCCUCGCCGCAGGAGGUGCAGCACCCGCUGAUCGUGGCGGGUGUGGCGGUGGUGGAUGGGGCUCCUGGCAGUGACGUCGAUCCGAGUGGCCUUCGAUUCCUCUCUUCGUCAUCUUGGCACUAUUUUCAUUGAAGAGUUGGCCCUCUCCCAGUUGCAGUCCAUCGUCGUCUCGCGCCCGGUGCAGCAGGACCGAGCUUGUUUCGCGCCUGUGCAGCAGUACCGAGGUCGUCUCGCGAUCGGUGCGGUAGGACGGUCGAUGGAGGCCAGUUUUGGCCGACCUAUUGAGUCUCGGUGCUGGGGGCAGCCAGGGGUGCGAAAGGCGGGGCCUUUCUGCUCGUCUCUUUGGGUAGCAGCAGGUUUCAGGUGAGGGGGUGUCAAGGUCUUAGUUGUUGGGGCGGCGACGCUGGCGGUGGUAGCGCGGUGCUCAUGGGCAGAGCCCGUGGCUCAGUGCUGCCCAGUGUCCAUGGCCGUGUGGGCGGUGUGGCUGCCGGGGUGUGGCGUUCGGUGGCGGUGAGUGUUGGACGGGGUGAAAACAUGUUCUAUCUUCGGACGGACCGGCGGCGGCGAAGCUCGCUCCCUUCUUGAAGGCGUCGUCACGGCUCUCAUUGCUCGUCGUGAUGCUCCUGGGGAAACUCUGAUCCUCGGAUCGGGCGGUGGUGGUGCUCCGGUGUCGUAACCUUCCUGAAGGCGCCGCCUUGGAGCCUACAGUUCGUCGUAUGUGGCUUCAUCUCCUCGCGGUGGCGUUAGUGCUAGGGGUGGUGUUGCUGCGUUCAGCGCCUAUGUAUCCUACCUUGGGUGUGUGCGGGUGUUGUGAUGGCGUGCGUUCGUACCAGGUUGUUGAUGAUCAUUGCUUUAUAUGUAAAGCGGGGCGAAAGCCUUUUUCGGUAAACAAAUGCUUGUAGACCUCAUCUUGCUCUUAUACUCCAUUGUAAUAACUCAAUGUUGUUAAGCUUUAUGCACUAGCCAACGCAACCAAAAGUCCAAACAGAUGGAAAGGGCUAGUGCAAUCCACAUAUACUAUAACACCCUGAAAAUGCAACUAUCCCUAGGUGGUUUUGGUAAUU